GCCAAUGAGACGCAUCGGGGGCGGGGCAUGUGUUGCUCGUCACACGACUCCUCGGUUCACUUCCUGUUCGCCUUCAGGCUGAUUUAAAGCCAAAUAAAACAUUUGGAGGAAGAAUUCCGCGGGCUGGACUGAAGCGGAGCUGCUGCAGGCAUGGAGACGUCGGUCCGGGAGAUCCGCCUGUCCUCCCAACCGGACUCCGCCUACUUCCUGCGGGUGGCCUGGGAGGGGCGGGGCCUCGGAUCGGGCUUCCGGGUCCUGCUGACCGACGGACAGAAGGCCUGGACCGGAGCAGUCAGUGCGGAGGCUGUGCGUUCCGAGGCCGAGGACCUGGAGAUGCAGGCUGAUCGCUACGUGGAGGAGCUGCAGGAGGCGCUGACAUCCUCCGGAGGCUCCGCCCCCUUCAGCUUCACGCUGGCGCCGCCGCCGGACGCCGCCGCCGCCGCCACCGUCACGCUGACGUACGAGAAGCAGCAGAAGGACAUCUCGUUCCGGCUGGGCAGUGUGUGUCUCUCGGCCGUCUCGGACCCGCUGGUCGUCGUGACGAAGCUCCUGAGCGAGACCCUGCAGAGAGGAACCGAGCUGGACCUGCAGAACCAGAACCUGGAGCAGGAGAACCAGAGACUGAGGGGGGAGCAGGAGCGCAUGGAGAGCCGGCUGAAGCUCUACGCUGCGGCUAAAGACAGCCUGGAGGCGGAGCUGUUCUCGCGCUUCGUUCUCGUCCUGAAUGAGAAGAAGGAGAAACUGAGGAGCCUCCAGGAGAGAGCAGCACAGCUGGAGGAGAGGAGCAGAGGGAACCACAGCGAGCCGACCCGGCCGCAGCAGGACGAGUACGGAGGAACGACUGAUGAAGAACCAGAGGAGGAAGAGAGGAGCGCGACCUCUGACCUCCAGGCAGCAGAGAGCGCCUGUCCCGCCAGCUCAUUGGACGACAGCCUCCAUGACAUCACAGACGUGGCCCCGACCCGCAAGCGCCGCUUCCGCCAUCUGGAGGCUCCGGGAGCCGCCUCCACCCGGGGGGGCCGCCGGGAGGCCACACCCACUGCCAGUGUCUCUCCUGCAGCUCGACCUCCAGAAGCUGCAGCAGCUUCGUCAGCUGAAGAUCUGUUUGAUGACUUCUGAGGCUCCAGAUCUCACACACACACACACACACACACACACACACACACACACUGUAAAACCAAUCAAAUGUAUUUU